AUGGCGGGACGGAUCGCAAAGGUCCGGUGGGCAGCACACGGGCGCGAGAUGUCGUCGCAUCUCAGCAGCAUUUACAGCAACUUGGGCGCAGAGAGCGACUGCGUGAUAGCCAGUGAAGGAGGGAGACGGUUCCCCGCUCAUCGCGUGGUCUUGGCGAUGGCGAGUCCAUUUUUCAGCCGCAUCUUCGCCACGAUGACGCCCGACGUCGUCAACCCGCUCAUCGUCUUGGACGGCGUUGAAGCAGACCAUGUUGAGGCCCUGAUGCAGUACAUGUACUCUGGAUACUCCAUCGUCAAGUGCGAGAAGCUACCAGGUCUCUGCCGAACCGCUAAGAUACUAUGCAUCAAAGAAUUCCCAUCCCUUGAAGUGGCACCAUCUGUCAAGAGACACACGGAUGACAGAGCUGAAGUUGUUGAGGUGACGGAUGAAAAAAAUUCUAUACCACGGUCGUCGCUGGAACGUAGGCUGGAAGCAGAUAAAUAUCAAAUGUUUCAUGCUCCCCGGAGAGACCAAGGGACAGACAAAACUUUCCAGCCGGAUUUCAAGAAAAUAAAAACUUGUUUGGAUGAAACCCGACAACCUCUUGAAAUGAAUCAGCGUACAGAAAGUCCAAGACCUAGCUAUGGUAAGCCCCUGUCGGAAUUUUCUCUGUUGACUGCGCCACUGGCGGGGGAGAGCAAACUUCGGGAGGCUCUACGGGUGCCUGUGACUGCUGCUCAAUCAACUUCCCAGAGCGUGGAAACAAAGGCUAUUAAGCAGGAAGAUCCUCCUGAGUUAGUGGACGUGUGCAGCGUUUCUGACGACGAGGCUGUGAAGGAUCGCCUCGCUU